AAUUCCUAUGGGUUUUUUUUAGUUUUUGGUAGUAAAGUACAUACUCAUAUAUAAUUAAUCAUUUUGUAAAAGAAGUUUUUCAGGACAUUCUGAAGAUAAACCGCAGAUUUCGAAAAGUUGUGAUAUAGAUAUAACUAAUAUGGAUUUCGUGUUAUUCAUAGUAACUAUUUCGGAGCUUAUUAAUAUUGUGAAAGGAGUGGUGUGUCAAUCACCUAGUUACUACCAUUGUUCUGGAUACCAAUGGUGUUGUCCAAAUGGAUACAGAUGUACAGGAACUUCGAUGUGUUAUAAAAAUUCGUUUAAUUCACCUUAUUCACCUUAUUUGUCAUCUUACUAUUCCUCCCUCAGUUCAGCGCGCAUAUGGAUGAUUGUUGGAGGCUGCAUUGGUGGUUUAUUUUGCCUUGUAAUAGUAACUUGUAUAAUUGUUUACGCUUGUAAAGCCAGAUCCUCUACGCCUGGACGGGUGAUUGCACCUCCAGCUGGUCGAAGAAUAACUGUAAGAGCAACGAACACUGCACAACCAACUUAUCAGAUGCAGUCAAUUAACAGACAACAAUACAUUGUUCCUGAUUCCAGAAAUAUUCUUAAGUCGCCUGCUUCUUACAAUCAUAUGUAG